ACAUCAUUUUAUAGAACACCGAGGAGUUUAUCAUCUUUGUCUGUGCUGUCGUCAUCUAUAGCAUCUUUGGCUAUUACUGGCGAUCUUCUUGAACACUUUGGUCUGUCAAGCAGUUACCCAUCAGAGUUACAUAUCAGCUGCCUCUAUGGUGAGAGAUCUAAAGUUAGAGCUUUUCUCAUGGAUAAAGGGGUUGUCAACAGCACAGAUGCUCAAGGAAAAACUCCAUUGAUGUAUGCCGUUAUUGGAAAACAGCCUAAAUGUUGUGUGAUGCUUCUUCGUUCUGGGGCUGAAGUGGACUUAAAGGACCAAUCUGGGAUGACUGCAAUUUUGCUUGCAGCUAAAUAUGAAUAUGAAGAUGUAAUAAAGGUACUUUUGAAGAAUGGAGCAGAAACACACCAUACUGACAAAGGUGGAAGAACUGUAUUUCACUUGGCAUCAGUCAGUGAAAAUUACAAAUGUUUGGAGUACUUAUGUAGAUAUGGAUCACCUGCUGGAAUGAACAUAAGAGAUAAUUCUUAUAGAACACCAUUAGUUGCUGCUGCACAAGCAAAAAUCCCUGGUCAUGUACAACGAUUACUAAUGGCAAAGGCCGAUUUAGGUAUUAGUGACAGUCAAGGUAGGACAGCACUUCACUAUGCUGUUUUAUACAACUCUCUGCCAUGUGCACAAGCCAUCGUUGAAACCAGUCCUAAUGAUAUCAACCUUAUUGACACUGCUGGACAGAGUGCACUACACUUAGUGUGCAUUCAUGGCUCUCAACAACUUCUCCAAUAUCUGCUGUCCAUAUCAAGCUGUCAUUUAAACUUACAAGACAAAACAGGAAACACUGCACUGCACUAUGCUGCGAUGGAAAAUCGCUUGGAUCUGGUUAAAAUGCUACUCUCAAAAGGAGCAAGUGUAGUACUAAAGAAUAAAGGAAAUAUUACACCUUUGCAAUGUAGUUUAGAAAUGGUGAGUUUGAACCCCUGUAUGAUUGUGUUAUAUAGUAGUUGUGCAUAUGACCUUGACUCUGGAGUUGGUAGAGCAUUAAUCUCUCCCCAGUCAAAGCAAUUUGAACGGCCUACAUCAGUGACUACUGCAAAUGCUUACCUUUAUAUCCCCAUGGUUCAUUGAAUGGGUCGAGGGUUUUGAUGAGUGCUCCAAGAUUUUACAGACCUUUUAGCAGGAUUUGAGCAUGUUUACUAAUGCAUGUUACAUACAUAAUGAUCAACAGUUUACACCAAUUAAUAAGUUGUAAUCGAGAUAUUAUAAGAGCAAAGUGAGUGCAAAGACACUAGCCGGGAACUGAAUGACACUGUAGUGGAGGCAGCCCCUGAAGGAAGCAACCCGCGACCUAAUUUAAUCCUCAGUGCUCAUGUGCAACAAGGGUUGUUCGUGAGUGUGUCUGUCGGUCUGUUACCAUGUUUUCUACCACCACGUGCAAGAAAUCAGCCACACAGCGAUAGUAACGCGUUCAGUGCUACACUGGCUUUAUUUUUAUAAAGGCGAUUUUCAUAAAGUGCGUUCAGCUAUGGCGUGAAAACCAAGUGAUAAAGCCGAUAUGCCAAUUAUUACUGCUUACCUCGACUGGAUUUCGCUGAUGUGGAGGCAUCAGACAUACAAUGGAGGGCAUCGAGCAUCUUUAUAGCAAUGCGCUAUAAAGCCUCACUCAGUGAAAUGCCACUAGUACUGC